AUGGUUCGAAACCCUAAUUCGCAGUUUCAAGAAAACAAAAUGAAAAGAGAAGUCUUAAAGGCCCUUUUAGGGUUUCAGGGAGACCCCUUCGAGGCCCUCCUUGGCGAGCCCAAGGCCCCCGUCGCCACCGGAAAGUGGGGCUGCGUGAUAUUUGGGGGGGACAACGAGCUGAAGACUUUGCUGCAGUGGAUAGCAGCAAGUGCAGCAGGAAGGACUUUAGUUUAUAUGGCUUUUGGAGACAAAAGUUUGUCGGGAAUGCAGCAAACUUUAAAUCAAAUAAAAGAAAAGUUCAAAACCACUGCAGACCUUUUUGCUGCUGUUCUCCAAGUUGUGGCCCUCAGGGGUUCUUUUCCGAGGUACUCGCGGCAGUGGAGUUUGUGGCGCGAGCUGCUCAGGCUUUGA